UUUCUCUUUAGAGUCUCUCUCUAAAUCAGAAGGUUUUUAUUUUAUUUUCUUCUAAUUAGAUAAUAAAAAAUAAAAACAUGUCGAAGUUUCUCCGCACGUUAUUGUUUGCCCUCGUCGUAGUCUUCGCCGCGUGUUCUUUGGUCGUUAACUGCAUUCGCACGCCGCCACUAAAAAUUACGGUCAAUGGUGGAGGAAAGAAAAACGCCGAGAUAGAACGAGCUCAAACGCAUCAUAAGAAGGAAAUAAAGGGAAAAGGAGGGGUAGAAAUGGAAAUGUAUCCGACAGGAUCUAGUUUGCCGGACUGUUCAUACGCAUGUGGUGCAUGCUCGCCGUGUAAACGCGUGAUGAUUAGCUUUCAGUGCUCCGUUGCCGAAUCAUGUAGCGUCAUCUACAGAUGCACGUGCAGAGGAAGAUAUUAUCACGUGCCAUCCAGAGCUUGAAUCUCCACCGUUUAUUUACUUUUUUGUUGACGUCUGUGAUUAAAUAUCAGUUUUGGCGGGUGGCGGCGAAACUCUCUACUAUUUUGUACAAUUUAUUUAAGCUAUGGGCCCACUUUCAAGUUCGAUAUUUAAUAUUGGGCUUUUAUAGGCCUUUUUGAUGCGUCUUGAACAAGACGAACGAAUCAGAUGCUGGGAGUGAACUGUCAAAGGUUAGAAGUCAAAUGUUUCGUUCCACCAAAUUUUUUUUUUUCCUUUUAACGAAUCCAA